CAUUCUGUUUAUUAUGUCUAUAAGAUAUAAAAAUGUUUGAUGCUGUCCAAAGUAUUUUAAAGAUCUUUUUGUGAUUUAAAACAGAAUAGCAUCGCAACAAUACAAAUUAUAACAUCUUAGUAACUAUGUAUAUAAAAGAAAUGCACAUCAAAAGUAUUAUUAUUCACAAGUAGUCAAUUCUUCGGUGUAUUCGUAUUUUAACCUAACAGAGAGAUCAAAUGAUAGUUAUUAUUACAGUUAUUAAAUCUGUGAUGUUUUAAAAUAAAUUGAAUUAAUAGUUUAAACAAAAAUGAAAGAUAAGGAAACAGAUAAAAGCAUAGUUAUAUUAUUUUAUAUUCUUAUUAUUGGACCUCUGUCUACUGUAUUAUUUUUGUAUGGAUUUUUUCCUUUAACAAACUAUAGUAACACUGUAGCAACUGAUAACGACAUUCCAAAAUUUGUAGAAAAUGUGAGAGUAAAAGUAGAUACGCUAUAUCAACCUAUGGUAAAAAGAAUGGUCAUAAUGGUCAUUGAUGCUUUGAGAUGGGAUUUCAUAACAGGAUCAGUUGGAAAAGUGGCUAUGCCUAUAACAAGCAGCCUUAUAGCAAAUUCUUCAGCAUGUUUGUUUCAAACCAAAGUGCAUUUACCUACUGUUACAAUGCCACGAAUAAAGGCAAUCACAACUGGCGUAGUUCCCAGUUUUAUUGAUGUGGCUUUAAAUUUUGGAAGUAAACCAAUUUCUGGUGAUAAUAUACUGCUUCAAGCAAAAACUCAUGGCUAUGAAUCAGUAUUUUAUGGGGAUGAGACCUGGCUAUCACUGUUCCCCUCAAUGUUUAAACGCUAUGAGGGUACUACCUCAUUUGUUGUAACAGAUUUUACAGAGGUUGAUUACAAUGUAACUAGACAUUUACGCAAAGAACUGAACAGUAAGACUGACUGGUCAAUAAUGAUUCUUCAUUAUCUGGGUCUUGAUCAUAUUGGCCAUGUUCAUGGGCCAUUUAGUCCACUCAUUACAACAAAGCUUAAAGAAAUGGAUACAAUAAUUGCGAAAAUUCAAUCAAAGGUCCGACAAUGGAAUCAAAAUAAUGAUUCUUCUCUGUUUAUUAUCUGUGGGGAUCAUGGAAUGAAAGAUUCUGGAGGUCAUGGUGGCUCAACAAUAUCAGAAACAAUUGUACCAUUCAUUGCAAUCGGUGGCAAAUGCAUGCAACACCGUAAUCAUUUUACUGAGAUAACACAAGUAGAUAUAGCAUCCACAUUGUCCACUGUUUUGGGUGUUCCAAUACCACAUUCCAAUUUGGGAAGUGUGUUCCUGGAUUCUUUGUAUGAUUUACCUGUAGCAAAGAAACUAUAUGUACUCUAUUACAAUGCAAAACAAGUGUUCAGUCACUUUCAACAAUUGACAGAUUACAAGUCUGAACAUGCAUAUCAAAAAUAUAAAGAAGCACUGAAACUUCAUACUGCAUGGCUCAAUACUAAAGAUCAUCCAAAUGACAUGACAGAUGAUAUUGUAACUUCUUACAAGUAUGCGCUUAAAGGCAUGAAAGAACUUCUCAUAAAUAGUAUGAUAAAAUACAAUUUUCCUGUGAUAAUAGUAUCCACGUUUUUCUUGAGUCAUAUAAUUUGCAUUUUAUCCAAAAGGAAUAUUUAUACAUUAGGUGCUCCUAAAAGUACCAGUUUACUAGUUCUGUUAAAUAUAAGUCUUUCGGUGUUAGUAAAUUAUUUUUGGAACUUCGAUGGCACAUCGCUACAUCACACGAAAAAUUUAACCAGCAUCAUCAUAGUAUUAUUUAUAAUAAUUAUUUUAGUUAUCAAUUGUUGCUUAGUCGCUGGUGGUAAUUAUGCCAACUUCUUCAUGGUCAGGGUAAGAAGUUUAGAGCACAAAACACAUUUACACGUUAUUAAGCAAUUUUCUAAAUAUUUAAUUAAAAAUCAGAAUACCGGGAAUGUACUGGGAAAGUAUUUGCUUCCUCUUGGUGGCCUUGUGCACGCCAUAAGCCUCAGUGGCAGUAGUUUUGUGGAGGAAGAACAUCAAACUUGGUAUUUCCAUUGGGUAUCACUCCUUGCAUUGUUACUUUACGAUUUUGCUGGAAAGUUUUAUACACAUCUACGAUUUUACAGGAAUCAUAAACAGUAUUUACAUGCACAAACCUGCAUAAAACUUAUAUUGUUACUGAUAGGACACAGAAUCCUUAGGAAAUUAAAUAGCACCGGAGAUAAGUAUGCUCAUCUCCCAGACAUAGCAGGAUUCUUACUAGAACAAGAGAGUAAACUGGGCAUGACAAUUAUACUUGUCACUGCACUGAUACUUUUAAUAUGGCUCGAUUUCACACACGAAGACGAAACGUACAAGCUACAAUCACUGAUAAUUAACUCGAUUAUGUGCGUAUGCAUUUAUUUACGCCACAUGAGCAGUAAUAGUGUCGUCGAGUUGCCAUUGUAUCCUCAGUCUAGAGGAAUAUACGAGGUACAAAUUUUCUGGAUACUGUUAUCAAUCAACUUUUUCAAUUACGUUUAUCGUGCGAUAUUAACAAUCCAAUCCGAGCAGACGAUAUUUUUAAGAACCACAUUAUUUUCCAUUGUGCGAUUGUGGGUCAUGGUCGCAGCAGUUAUACAUCAACCGUACAACGUGAUUCUUUUGCCAUUGCAAAUCGUUUUCAGUGGUAUAAUUCGCGCGAUUAUACAAGACAGUAACAAGCAACAGAUAAACGCGUUCGUGUACCCGUGGAUCGGCAAUGUGUUUUACUUUUAUCAGGGAAAUUCGAACAGUUUGGCAACCGUUGACGUAGCCGCUGGCUACGUUGGCAUGCGAUCCUACAUACCGAUCGUUAAUGGAUCAUUGAUAAUCAUUAAUACUUAUUCAGCGCCUGUUUUGGCGUUCCUCUUGCUCAUUUAUCAAACAGUAUCGCAAUACUUAUAUGACCCACGUGAGAUUAUUAUGCAAAUAAGUAAAACGUAUAUUACAUGGAGAUUAAUACCAUUGAUUGCGUAUACAAUCAUAAUUAGUAUACAACGACAUCAUUUGUUCGUAUGGUCCGUGUUUUCGCCGAAAUUAUUGUACGAAGCAUUGCACUUCACUGUCAUUUGCGUUGUAGUGCUCGUGAUAUUAAUUUUAAUUACGCUGCAGAAACCGAUGAAAAUUUUUGCUAGGUGAUGCAACGGUUUUUAAGUGUUUUAUACCGAAGUCGUUUCAUAGUUGUAUGUGGAGUACAAAGAAAAAGCACCGAAACCGAGAGGAGCAAUAAAGUAUUAAUAUCAAGGACAA